UGUUUGUUAGGUUGUCAUCGACAUCAGGAGUCGAGUCCAUCGAGAAGGAGAGCCUUUCAAGCAAGGGAGAGAAAACACAAACAGGGAGAGUGUAGUAGACAAAGGCUGCGUCUAGUCUAUUGGGUAGGCGCGAGUGUUUUCAUCGCCACGAGAUCGAUUGAUCAAGAUGAUAAGGACUCCAAGUCUUGACCGAUUUCUGCUGCCGUUUUCAGUCCUGAUCUUAUCCACAUCAUGGUUGCUGUUGAGUUUCCUUCCCUUGACAGGAGGCUUUCUGAUAGGAACGCCUUCUCCUGCAGUUGUUCGACAUCCGGAUGGACCCUCAAGAUCCCAAGCUUUCUUGAAAACACACACGGUUCUGGCGGCACGAAACAGGCGAAUCCCAGUGGCCACCACCACCACAACCCAACAGCUUUUCUCUGUGACAGAUGAAAACAAAUGGUUUCCCCGUACAAAUGCUCCCAAGAUUGUCUAUGACGAUGACAUUUACGGGGCACUGGAUGAUGACAAAGAAGCCGAGGAUGACGAUGACAUUGAAGUCCGAGCGGUCAAGAUCAUGGCCAGGAUACUGCAUCAGAGACUGGAGGAUAUCCAGAAUGGCACCACUACUAGUAAUAAUCACUCAGACGACAAUAUCAACGCCAAUGACAACAAUAAAAAUGCACAAUACGCCAAAGGAAGGUUCAUUGAUUUGACAUGCACUGCAGAGGGAGAACAAAUUCUGGAGAACCUAUUCCGAACCAAAAUUGCCGCAGCGGAACGAGAUCCCAAAGUCAUUCAAGCUGCUGUCAUGGCUCUGCAAUCCAUUCUCAUUUUGGGCACACAGGUGGGUGUCAAGGGAUCUCCCGUGCAGCUACAACGAAUGGUCGCCCACUUGGAUUCCAGAGGCAAUCAACAAAAGUUUCUACUACGAGAUUUGGAAACCUGGGAUACCGACAGCGUGCGACGACUCAAGCACCAGGUCAAGCGAGGAUCGGGAUUGCAGGUAUUGGCAGAAAUGAAAUGGAAGAGAACCACACAAGGUGCCUUUGAAUUAUUGGUAGCUAUUGGAGCAUGGGGCAAACAUGAAGAUCUGGCUCUGUUGCGGAGUGGUUUCUCGCUCCGAUUCAAUGACCAGGAACUGCAAGCCGCCGAAAAUGCAGCAUCAAACCAAAGGGACCUGGACGAAGAACUGGGAUUGAGGCAGGAUCUUCGGCAUUUGAAAGUGUUUACCAUUGACAGUGCCGAGACGUCCGAGAUUGAUGAUGGUUUGUCGCUCGAAAAGUAUACAGAUAAGGACGGGUCCGAGCAACAGAGAAUCUGGAUUCAUAUCGCCGACGCCGAGCGAUGGGUAGAACAGGGUUCUGAGCUCUAUGAUAUUGCAAGACGGAGAGUGACAUCGCUCUACUUGCCACAAUUUUCGAUUCCCAUGCUGCCACCCAAAGCCAAUGAUGAUUUGAUGUCGUUGACAACGAAGAAGGACGCUUACGCUCUCUCCCUUGCCGUGGAGCUAAACGAUGAUGGGUCCAUCGAUGAAUCCACGCUCAUGGUUACCCCUUCUUUGAUCAGAGUCUCCUAUCGACUGACUUAUGAGGAAGUAGAUGAGAUGCUAGAAGAAGGAAUCGGGUACAGCGAAGAAUGGGAGCUAGGAGGCCUAUUGGAUAAAGCAACAACCAGACGAAACUAUAGAAUUCGAAGGGGAUCUUCGGAAGGGUUGGUUCAACGUCCCAUUCCACAGAAAACAAUCAGCAUCUCCCCGGAUGAGAGUGCACCGGACGGAAUAGAUAUCAAAGUCAGUGUCCAGGCCACGCACAACUCAGGAGCAAAUCAGACAUUUGGAGCAGAAGCCGGAGAAUCAUCGUCUAGUCAGCAAAGCUUAUCGACGAUUGUGGAGCCUUUGUCUUCUGCCCACACGCUGGUCACCGAAUGCAUGAUUCUGGCAGGGGAGGCAAUUGGAACUUGGAAGCUUCGCAACGAGAAGAGUUGGCCUGAUGUUGACGAAGAAACGGGAGAGGGUUUUCGAAACGAGCUACGCCUUCCGUUUCGAGGGCAAAGAAAGCCAGAUUACGCAUCCAGAGCAAGGGAAAGACAGGUUAUGAUGCAGCUGAUGGAAUACAAUACAGGCGAUGGAUACUGCCAUGCAUGGUACUGCCGUCGCUUUCUAUCCCCCGUCAAAGUGACGGAACAUUGCGCUCCUCAUGCAGGUUUGGGACUGUCUAGCUACGUCCAAUGGACUAGUCCAAUCCGCCGGAAACAAGACUUGAUGGUCCAUUGCGCAGUGAAGAGAUGGUUGCGGCGUCAGCGAAUUCAAGAGUUAAUCCUCGAAGGCAAGUCACUCGAACAUUUGAACUUGUCAAAACGAGACAUUGGAUGGACGCCUCCCCGCCUACUUGAUGCAGAGUCCAACGAAUACGAAUGGGAUACACGACAACAAGACGAUGACAUUGACUAUCGUGAGGGCGGUGGUUUGAUGGGAGCUGCCCGCCUUGUACAGCGUACGAGCGAGCAGUACUGGCUCUUUGAGUACAUCCGACGCAUCAUUGACAAGGAUCCCGAUUACAUUUGGGAUGCUUUGAUCCUUGGCUAUAUUGGAACCGGCGAAAAGUCCAAGAAACAGUAUGCGAUUUAUGUUUAUGAAUUAGGGUUUGAAUACAAGUUUUCCUCUCCAAUCAACCUCAAUCCUGGGGAGAGGCUCAAGCUGCGUGUUUCCUUAAUGAACCCUCGAGCUGGCCAACUUGCCUUUGUCCGAACAAACUGCUGAACCAUGGAUGAAGGUGCCGUGCCGAGUCAGAGUCAAGUGCCGCUCCAGACGAAAAUGUCACCAUCAUGCGAUCCACCGACGAUUGAACUUCCCAUAUCAUUUACUGCCAUGCAGGAUAGAUGGGUUGUCAAUCCAUAACGGUCCUGCAGGUUGGGUUUGAACGCGGCAGCACAGCUGAAGCUUUGAUGAUGCUCCUCCAUAGGUGGAAGGUCGUGUUUGUCAGAGUUGAAAUCGUCAUCAGAGCCACUGGUGCUGCAUGUGGACGAUGUAUCUUCCUCGUGAGAGCCCUUGAUGGACAGCUUGCCUUUCCCAUGGAGGCUUCGUUUCCGAGACAUUUGGACCCGUGCUUGGUGAAGGCUCAGUUUUCGUUUCGGAGGUUGUGGCUUGGGCUUCUUGUUCUUACUAUAGCUUUCUAGAUCAAAUAGUCUCACCACGUCACAAUCGCU